UCAUAUUUUCAUUAGAAAUGUUUUCAAUUAAAACGUUUGCAGUACUUCGUGAUAAUGAUACAUGUCUAACCAUGACCGGUUUAAAACACCUCGGGAUUUUUUGUAUCAAGGAAGUAAUCAUCAAUGCUAAGAAAUGAAAGUGAAAGUCUCGACUAGGAGGGGCUAAAGCAGUUUAUAAGAACGAGAAGAAAAUCGGUGAAAGAAAGCAAGCAACAUAGAUGUCCAUAGAAGACCAAAAUAUGGAAUAUGAUUCCGACUUUGUGCAUCUUGGGAAAACCAAGGAAAUGACAGAAGAAUUUCUUACAAAUGAGAUCCAGAAGUUAAAGGAACAACAGUCAGCACUAAUUGAUGAUGAGGCAAAACUGAAAAAAGCAACAGAGGAGUCUGAGUCUCUGGCUGAACAGCUACAGGACAGAGGAGAAAAAAUGGAGAAAAGGAUACUUGAUCAAGAACAAGAACUAAGGCAGACAAAAAAACUGAAUGAGGAACAUCUUGAAUGUGUGCGUCAGGAUAACAAGUGUUUAGGAAACGAAAUACAGAAGAUGAGGGACACACUUAAUGAGAUAAAAAAGAACACAGCAAAGUUGUAUGCGGUCUCUGCAUCUGGCAAGGAGAGGAAAAUGGUAUUCAAAGGAAAUGUAUUCAAGAAUAUGUCAAAAAUCCAGAUGAGAGUCAAUCAUCAAAUCCUUCACUCUGUUGUGGGGGGAACAGCACUAAUUACAUUUGAGAAACCAGAAGUUGCUUCAAAUGUAAUUGGAAAGACACAUAUAAUACCAGUUGAAGACUAUCGAAUUAAGGUGAUGGCAGAAGGUGUUGAACUCCUGGUGCUACAUUCUCUCGGUCUGGAUAUGAGCCUGAGUUUUCAGAAGGUUCUGGUUUCCAAUCUUCCUUCAUUCCCAGAAGACUUACUAAUGGACAAAUUAGAGCUGUUUUUCUCUAAGACAAAAAAUGGUGGCGGAGAAGUGGAGAAAAGAGAAUUUAUAGCUGACUGCAGGAGUGUCAUUCUUACAUUUGUGAGUCAUGAAGUUGCUCAAAAUCUGACAGAAAAGAAAAAUUUUGAGAUACCUUUUGGGGAAUCAACUCACAAAGUCCAUGUAACGUCUUCCCUAAAUGGCAAUAUUAAAGAAUUUGAGAUGAGAAAAUUAGUAUGUAACAGAACCGUUCUAAUCACUGGAAUUCCAGAUAUUAUGGAAGAGGAGACCCUACGGGAUAUGCUAGAGAUUUAUUUUCAAAAAGGUAGUAACGGUGGAGGGGAAGUUAUAGAUCUUCUAUAUUGUCCAGAAGGUCACCAUAAAUUUGCAAUAUUUGAAGAAGAUGAUGACGAUGACGAUGAUGAGGCUGUCUAAUUGGUUACUCAAGAACAUUGGAAGGGGAUCAUAUCUUAAGAAUUAAUUUCU